AUGGCAGAACCUGCCCUCUUCAGCUUCUUCCAUGGCAGCAGCAGCACCGCCGCCGCCACCACCGUCGGCCCUGCCUCCCCAAGCGGCAACCCCAUGCAAGGCCCUGGCGUGGAUGCUUCUAGAAUGUUUUCCUGUCUCUAUUGUUCUCGAAAGUUCUGCACCUCCCAGGCCCUUGGUGGCCACCAGAAUGCUCACAAGAAGGAAAGGGCGGCGGCAAGAAGAAGCUUCGCCUCUUCUCCACCUUCUGCGCCGCCAUCUCUACGCGCCAACCUCAAUCUGAACUGCCAGCGGGUUUCUGCUCAGCACCACCAUGGCGAAGAGGACAAGGGCAUCGCGUCUUCCAGCUCCAACCUCGACUUGACCUUGCAUCUGUAA